GGGAGACAUCCGCCAGGGCCCGCUUCCGGGAGGAAGUGACGCGCCCAGUCAGCUUCCGGCCGGGGAGGCUCAGCCCCACCUCCGCGCCGGGCAACUUAAAGGGACCGCGACCCCCAGGAGGAUUGAAGGAGACCGGGAGGCUGCCGGCGUGGACCGUGGGAAGGCGGGGCUGGGGCUCGGCGGGAGGCCACCCCCGCAGCCGCCCCGGGAUGAGCGCGCCCAGCAGCUGCUGGACGCGGUGGAGCAGCGGCAGCGGCAGCUCCUGGACACCAUCGCCGCCUGCGAGGAGAUGCUGCGGCAGCUGGGCCGCCGGCGCCCGGAGCCGGCUGGUGGCGGGAACGUCUCAGCCAAACCCGGAGCACCUCCCCAGCCAGCUGUCUCCGCCAGAGGUGGCUUUCCAAAGGAUGCUGGCGAUGGAGCUGCGGAGCCCUGAGCAUCCCUGAUGGGCGCCCUGACUUCUCUCCCUCCCGGGGCUGGUGGCUGAACUCUGAACAACUCCCUUCAAUAAAGGGGCCAGUCUUCACUGGCAGUGGCUGGUACUUGGCUCUCAGCCUGGGGUGGCAGCUCUGCUAGCAGCUGGGUUCACUCCCACUUCAUCCUGGCUGAAGGCAGUGCUGAGCUUUGAAAUGUAGCCAACGAAUAUCCUGUCUGAUUACCCGGAUUUGGGCAGAUCAGCAGUGCUCUCCAGAGUGGUCUGGCCUGGUUUGGGGGAUCCAGGUGGUGUUACAUGUCCAUUUCAUGCUUUGGGGGCUCCUAGCCCCACAAAACACUUUUAGCAGAGCCUUGAUUAAAAGGAAACCUGCAGACUCUUCCUGGUGACCGACCUUUCCUUUCUGUCCCCCAAGACUCAGCUGGGGAGGGGAGAGGGUGGUAAGCAGAGGAAAAUCAUCAACCAUGGGUAGGUUUGGGAAGAAAUGCCACAGAUACUACCAGAUUUAAAUAAGCAUUUAAUUAGGAUUUCAUUAGUAUUUAAUAUUGCUUUUUCAAUUCCAAAAAGUUAAAUUUUCACUUCUUAGCAGAUAUUUUAAAGUACAAUAUUAAGUUUAUACAAAAUGAGCAAUUAAGCAAACACCAUUAUUUCACAUUCUUCAAAAAUACAAAUUCAUAUUUACUCUUUUUUGGGUUUGGAGGUUUCUUCCUUUGGAAGUACUGAACCUGUAACGUUUUCAUAUCGCUCGGUGGAAGUCCGUUGUUCCCAUGUUUCACACUUCAAUAACUUUGAUAGGCUUUCACAUAAUCCAAAUAAAACCAUUUGAGAUUUAAAAAACUGUCA